UCCCACAGAGGCAGGCUCUUCCACCAUAACGUGGUUUCCAGGCGUUAGCGAAGCCUUCGUGACGAAUUCGGCGCGGGAAACCCUCCAUUCCAGCCUCCUCCAAAAAGGGGAGCUGUGGCGCCUUGAGUAAAAGCGCUAAAGGAGGGCGCCUAAACAGCUUUCUUUAUUCGGAUGUUCGCUUCUCGACAACAAACAAGCUUUUAAGUCCCGCAACGCUUUCCCGAGCCUGGCUAUUGCAAAGCUUGUGUGAGGGAAGGGGGAGGAAAACUCCACCCACCCACCCCCGCCUCAGUCCUGGGGGCCGAAUCAUUGCAGGGCUUCGACUGCUACUCGCUGCGUUUUGGCUUGCCUUCAUUUUUUUGCACGUAAAGGUUUAUUAGGAACUGGGAUGGAAAGGGGACGACGAAGCAACGUCGGGCUAAGCUUGUUUUGACCAGAGGCAAUGCGUGAUAAAGAGGAGGAGACGCAGGGGGGGGUAUUCAGUUACGCAUUUGAAACGUCGCCUAGAAGAGAGGUAUCCCAAGCUGGAGUGAGUGGAGCCUUUUCCUGCUUCGUUCGGAAGCGCGCCUCUUUAACUCUACGUUUCUCAGGUCCGUAUUAAGCACACUCGCGUCCACAUACCUAACGGGACUUAUCUACACACCUGGUAUUUGUAUACCUAAACAGACAACAAAAACUAGGGCUCCCUGCGUAUGGCCGGCACGCGCGGGCACCCUCCCGCCCAGCAGCUGCUGCGUCUUCUCCCCAAGAAGCACGGCCGGGAAGGCGCCGAGGAGGAGGCGUCGUCGUCGGGACAGGCGAACUCGCAGCGGCCCUCCUGCCCGCCCAUUGGCAGGUGUUCCGCGCGCGCUCUCCUCCAUUGGUCGCCUGCCUGGCUCACGUGCCGGGUUUGAACUCGAGAUCCGGCGGGAGCCCUUGGAGUUGCCAGAGGCCGAAGUCCGGCGAGCCCCUCGGUUGUCCCGCCACCGCAAGACGGGCAGGUAGCUUCGCAGGCUGCGAGAACCAGACCUCCCUGCAGCCUCCUUGUCGUCCGAGGAACUACAAUGGGCAACACCGAGUCCGCUCCGCUGGCGGUUGCCAUGCGCAUCAGUUUUAGCAGCAGCAAUAGCACCGCCAGCUGCUGGAUCCCAGACGCCUUUCCCCGGGAUACCAGCCAGCAGGCCCGCUCGAUAUCCCACAGGCCUUACUACACACUGCCCAACAAUAGCCAUGAGAGGCGGUCGGUCCUCACCAUUACUGAGCCUCCACGUUUCCACUUCCAGGCAAAAGGAAAGAACAUCCGCCUGGACGCCCAUUCUCGCAAGGCCACCCGGAGGAGCAGCUUCUGCAAUGGCAUCACUUUCACCAACCGGCCCAUCCACCUCUAUGAGAAAGUGCGACUCAAGCUAGUGUCUGUGCACCAUGGGUGGAGUGGGGCCCUGCGCUUUGGCUUUACUACUCACGAUCCAUCGCAGAUGUGUGCAGAUGACAUACCAAAGUACGCCUGCCCAGACUUGGUCACACGCUCAGGCUUCUGGGCCAAAGCACUGCCAGAGAGGUUUGCACUAAGAGACAACAUCCUGGCCUUCUGGGUGGAUCGCCAUGGGAGAGUUUUCUACAGCAUUAAUGAUGAAGAGCCAAUUCUGUUUCACUGUGGCGUCAAAGUCUCUGGGCCUCUGUGGGCACUGAUCGAUGUCUAUGGAAUUACCCAUGAAGUGCAAAUACUAGACAGCAUGUUUGCAGAAACGAUGACUUCCACCCGUCUCAGCAAUGCGCGCCUCAGCACUUGCCUUCCCCAGAGCAGCCAUGAUUCAGCCAACUUCAGCAACAAUGAAUUAGAAAACAACCAGGUGGUGGCCAAAAUUGCCAAUCUGAACUUGACUCGUAUGCCUGGGCUGCCAGCAGAUAACCGUACCAUCCCAUGCUGCCCGUCCAGGCGGCAGCUUGCCCAAGUGGUGCCUGCCUUUCUAGAUACCGACCUGCGUUUCCACCCUACCCGGGGACCUGACAUAAACUUUUCUCAGGACCGGAUGUCUGCCUGUACCAACUGGCAAGAGAGCAAUAGGACCUUGAUGUUUUCUGACCGACCGUUGCAUAUCGGUGAAAAUCUCUUUGUGGAAGUCGGACACUUGGGGCUGCCUUAUUAUGGGGCCCUGACAUUUGGCAUCACUUCCUGUGAUCCGGGUACUUUACGGACAAAUGAGCUCCCAGCGGAUCCAGACUUCCUCCUAGAUCGCAAGGAGUACUGGGUGGUUUGCCGAGGAUUUCCUGUCCUCAACAAUGGUGACAUCCUCAACUUUGUGGUCUUGCCAAAUGGAGAAGUACACCAUGGAAUAAAUGGAACAAGCCGUGGGAUGCUGAUGUGUGUGGAUACCUCACAGUCUCUGUGGGUUUUCUUCACCAUACAUGGUGUAAUUAAUCAGCUCAAAAUAUUGGGGACAGUGCAGUCCAGCCCGGUGACUGUCUCCCCCUCAGGAUCUCCUGGUGGCUCCCAGUAUGACAGUGAUUCAGAUAUGGCUUUCAGUGUGAACAGGUCUUCAUCUGCUUCUGAAUCGUCCCUAGUGACUGCUCCAAGCUCUCCCCUGAGCCCCCCGGUGUCUCCAGUGUUCCCGCCUCCAGAGCCUGUGAGCAGCAAGAACGGGGAGUGUACCGUCUGCUUUGACAAUGAGGUGGAUGUGGUGAUCUACACCUGCGGACACAUGUGCCUCUGCAACACCUGUGGUCUUAAGCUGAAGAAGCAACUCAAUGCCUGCUGCCCAAUCUGCCGACGGGUCAUCAAAGACAUUAUUAAAAUCUACCGUCCAUAGCCUCUCCUCACCUACCCCCUUCUUGGGGUGCAAAUGGUGAGUGGCAGGAGGAAAAAUGUUGUUAGCAAUUGUCACACCUUACUGUCCUUGCUUCUGGGUUAUUGUGCUGGUCAGUGGUUACUGAGUAGCUCUCUUGUCUAUAUUUCCAUGUUUUGACCAGUGGAAACAAAUCAGGGAUAAUUAAGUGAAUGAGGAAACGCUCUGGGCCUUGUAGAGGCUGAAAGUACAGCUGUGGAGGGCAAUGUAAAGAUGCUGCUCUAAGGGGUUAAAAAGGGGUGGGUGCAGCGGGGGGAGGUGGAGGGAACAACAACCCUUGCUCUGUUCAUCUCAAAAAGGAUUGGGUGUUCUCAUUAAAACAUACAGCUACCCCAUUUUGGGAAGAGUACUGAAGAAUUCAGUCGUUUGGCCUUUUUUUUUUUUUUUAAGAGUCUUGGAAAUCCUCUUCUCACAGCGGAAGAACCUUAACAUAUUAGGCAGCUCCUCCUGCAGCUGCAAGUGGGGCAAAGGUGUUUUAAUCUGCUUUCUGCAGAUGUCAACUGAUGCACCAGGGCUUGAAACUUGUCCUGUCAUUUUCUGGAAAGGGUUGAGAGGGCAGGAAAUUCUGGAUGGCAUUUUCUCAUUCCAAUGCAUUUUUUUCCCAGUUGUAAGUCAAGCGCAAGAGUACAGGGACAUAAAUUACAUUUCAAAACAUCCUAGAAAAGGGGUGGCUUACUCCAGCGCGACCUGUUCAGUCCUCCACAUUUUGAGGUGCUGUCUUAGCUUGGGAACCAGGUGCAAGAUGCUUGCGUGGGUAAACCAGUCUGGUCUGUCAGAGAGAGAAGCAAAAAGCUAUAAAUGUCUUCUGAGCACCAAAAGUAAACAUCUUCUGAGAGGAGCAACUGCCUCUUCUCUGAGUCACAACUCAAAGCUCCCAGCUGUUGCAGUAAGCAACUGCGGAGCACAUUUUGACGCGACAACGAUUUGGGUUUAUUGAAAGCCAUAUGUCUCAGCAUGUAGAAGAGGGGCAUUGUAUACUUUGGAGCAGACAGCAGCAGAGGGAGGCUGAUGGAGAAUUUAGCAUUUCAAGCCUCUGCAGUUUCCUGACUUGUGAUUUGUGAAAUGCUAGUGAUGGAUGUUUUCCUCCAUUGUUCCCCCCAGUUUCUGUCAACAAAGUAUGCAGCCAUGUGGGAUCUCUCAUUUCUUCCUCUACAGGAAGUUGUCUUCUGUUCCACAAUAGAGGCAUCUUAUUGAAAUUUAAAAAGCUUUUCACUUGGCAUUGUUUGUUGGAAAAAGGAUUUGCAAGCUAUUAUUAGAUGCUUGAACUUAAAAGACAAAUGAACUUCGGUUGGUAUUAGGCAGCUUGGAGCUUCGGAGGUCUGGAUAGUAAGGUGAAAUGAACUUGGCCUUUAGGGAAGAGGUGCCAUGCAAGCAAUUAAAAAAAAUAUGCUUGGCAAAUUUGCUGGUUUUCUUUUCUUAAUCAGGACUUGUUAAGGCAAAACCCUGUUGCUCUCUCACAACAGCAGCAGCCUGCUCUCUCCUGCUCCACAAAAGUCUGCUAGGAAGAGAUGUUGUCAAAUCAGAUGGAAAUACAACAACUGUGCCUACCCUGAGAGUCAACUCCAGCAUGCAGCAGAUGCUCUCGAAAGCUGGAAAUCCUUGCAUUGCAGCUGAUUUGUGAUCUUACCAUAUCAGGUAUCAUGCUGGAGAAGAUUGUAGGAUCUCUCAAACCCUCAUCUCCUAUCAUGGCUGUGCUAGCAUUCUGAUCUCAGCCUUGAUACCAAAGUUGCUGUGGUUUUUCCCUUCACAGCUCAGCCUUUAUGCCUUCAGUAGCUUGAAGAUGGCAGGUUUCCUCUCCCCUCUUUCGUGUAGUAUACUCUGAGGCUUUGUGAUUUAUAUAGGAGAUGUAAACUAAGUGCAAACUUUGGCCAUAACAGGUAAGGCAUGCCGAUCCCUUGGUAGGCAGAGAAUAUAAUUAAACUUGCACGGUUGCAGUGGUCUCAGUGGGAUAAAUCCAUUUUUCCACAACACACGCCACAUUUAGUGGAGCACAGACUAGCUUUCUGAUGUUCAUCCAUUCCAUUUUACUCAUGCAGUUGUAUUUCAUGGGCUUCCUAGUAUUGUUCUAGCUUGGUCUCUGGUUAGUUGGUGUUGUUUUAUUAUUUUAAUCUCCUGUGAAAGGAAUGCCAGUGAAGUGCUCACUCUGUUCACAGGCUGCCCUAUGAAUCAAUAGAAUCUUAGAACAACUGUGUUGGAAGGGGCCUAUAAGGCAAUCAAGUCCAACCCUCUGCUCAAUGCAGGAAUAUAAAUCAAAGCAGACAUGACAAAUGGUUGUCCAAUUUUAUCUUGAAUGCUUCCAGUAUUGGAGCGCUCAGCAUCUCCCGAAGUAACUGGUUCCAUUGUCAUACUGCUCUAACAGUUAAGAAAUUUUUCCUGAUAUUCAGGCUAAAUCUGGGUUC